UAAGGUUUAGGUUUUCAGUUCUCAGCCAAUCAGCGCAAGUGAGAACUGUUGCUGUGCUGGUUGUAGGGUAGGCCUGGGGAACCGGGUCAGCGCCUGAGUUCUUGCCGGGCCUCGUAGGUGAUCUGGGAGAAUAAUGAGUUUGACCGUGAGGACUGAUUUGACAGUUGACAAAACAAAGAAGAAGAAAAGAAGAGAAUUGACAGAAGAACAAAAACAAGAAAUUAAAGAUGCUUUUGAAUUAUUUGAUACUGACAAAGAUAAAGCAAUAGAUUAUCAUGAAUUAAAGGUUGCAAUGAGAGCGUUAGGAUUUGAUGUUAAAAAAGCAGAUGUUCUUAAAAUACUGAAAGAUUAUGACAGUGAAGCAACGGGUAAAAUUACAUUUGAUGACUUCAAUGAAGUUGUCACUGAUUUAGUAUUAGACCGUGAUCCACAAGAAGAGAUGAUGAAGGCUUUUAAAUUAUUUGAUGACGAUGAUUCCGGAAAGAUAAGCUUAAGGAAUCUUCGCCGUGUGGCUAGAGAGCUUGGUGAAAAUAUGACUGAUGAGGAAUUACGAGCAAUGAUUGAAGAGUUUGAUCAAGAUGGUGACGGGGAAAUAAAUCAAGAGGAAUUCAUCUCUAUAAUGACUGGUGAUAUGUAGCAGGAAUGAAGGAAAAUGGAUGCCACAAUUUCUGCAUGCUAAAGAUUGCCAUUAAGAGAAAAAAUAGCUUUUUAUUUAUUUUCCAUGAAGGACCAAAAUCAGUACUGUUCGAUUCUGUAUGCUACUAUUUGUAAUAGUAUUAUAUUUCUUAACUUUUUGAGUAUAGUUUUAUUGGUCAAAUAGUUUUAUAUGCAGUUUUGAAAUUAAAUAAUUAAGAAUUA